CCCACAAUUUAACCAAAGUCUUUCUCUGAUAUUUCUAACCCACGACGUACAUCACUAGUAUUCAUGUAAGUAUUAUUCAAAGCGUUUAUAUCCAAUGACCAUCUAUUAGGACAUCAUUAUGAAUCAUUUCAGCUGACGAGGACCAAAUAACAAGUUAUUUUAUUGUCUAAAUGUAAGAUUCCCUACAAUCAAUCAUUCAUGUUUGCUAAGUAGAAAAACGCCUUCUAUAAAUACUACUAAGUGAUAUUUUUUACAAUACUUUGCUGGAGUAGACGUCAUCAUGAAUAUCGUUAACAUUCGAACCUUGUGUUAUGUUCUUUGGACUUUUUAUUUAUUUUUUGGGAUCUGUCAUGGGGUAAGAGAAUAUAUACAAAUUUGUCUUUAGCUAAUUAUAGCAUUCGAAUUAGAACUAGGCAUAUUUUUUUUGUUUUUGUGUAGAUGACAAGACAACAGCUUAAGAACUCUGGGAAGCUCAUGAAAAAAUCGUGUAUGCCGAAAAAUGAUGUGACUGAAGAGGAAGUCGGAGAUAUUGAAAAGGGAAAAUUUAUCGAGAGUCGUAACGUCAUGUGCUACAUUGCCUGUGUUUAUACUAUGACACAAGUGGUCAAGAACAAUAAGUUGAGUUAUGAGGCUGUGAUCAAGCAAGUAGACGUCAUGUUUCCAGCUGAGAUGAGGACUGCGGUCAAAGCAGCCGCCGCACACUGCAAAGACAUCACCAAGAAAUACAAAGACUUGUGUGAAGCAUCGUACUGGACCGCUAAAUGCAUGUACGACUAUGACGCCGAGAAUUUUGUAUUUCCUUAAAAAUUACAUUGCAUUCUGUUAUUAAAUAUUAUGCAAAAAAUGUA